UACAUUUGUAUCCCAUGCAUGCGAUUUUUCAUCAACGAGUGUUUAACGAUACUAAAUUUUUCUGAGUUACUUUGAACAAAGUUUUUUUUUUUUCGAUGUAGGAACGCAAAGCUAAAACUCAAUUUUCCAGUCGGACGUGUUUUUGCGUUGAACGGAAACUUCCGGCGGAACACUUGUCGGACAGAAAAGUGUCCUGUUCGUCCAGGCGUUGUUUUCGGUUGCUCCAGUCUGAAGGGGAACUCGUCGUGACGGCUGCAGGGAGAGGCCAGCCCGCUUUAGUUCGCUGUAGGUUCGACGAACGAACCCCGCGUCAGUACCCGGCAGUGACACCCACAGCCACAACUGUCGGACAGCUAGCCGGCUGCUAACGUUAGCAGCCCCGCAGGAGUCCCGGCCCAGAAGUCCCGACCCGCGAAACCAGAACCUGUCUGCGUGGAACCACGGGUGGCCGUCCAUGCGGUCGUUAAGGUAACGGACAACAGAUUAAUGGGAGGCAGCUUCCUCCACCGGAGGGGACUUUGGGGGCGUAAGCUGCGAAGACACGGGGGGUCCAGGCUGCCGGUCCGGCUUGGAUGGAGUCCCUGGCCGGCUAUGUCUACAAGGCAGCCAGUGAGGGUCGGGUCCUGACCCUGGCCGCGCUGCUGCUCAACCAUUCCGAGGCAGAGACCCGCUACCUGCUCAGCUACGUGACCCAGCUUUCCGGACAGAGGUCUACUCCUCUAAUCAUCGCGGCUCGGAACGGACACGACAAAGUGGUCCGACUUCUCCUGGAUCACUAUAAAGUGGACACUGAGCAGACCGGGACGGUCCGGUUUGACGGGUACGUCAUAGAUGGAGCCACGGCGCUGUGGUGUGCAGCUGGGGCGGGGCAUUUUGAGGUGGUGCGUCUGCUGGUUAGCCACCAUGCCAACGUGAACCAUCGGACCAUCACCAACUCCACGCCCCUGCGUGCCGCCUGCUUUGAUGGUCGUCUGGACAUCGUCCGCUACCUGGUGGACCACAAUGCGGACAUCAGCAUCACCAACAAGUUCAACAACACUUGCCUGAUGAUCGCGGCCUACAAGGGCCAUGUGGAUGUGGUGAAGUACCUGUUGGACCAGGGGGCGGACCCCAACGCCACGGCUCACUGUGGGGCCACAGCCCUGCACUUUGCAUCAGAGGCGGGUCACCUCGAGAUUGUGAAGGAGCUGAUGAGCUGCCAGGCUGCCAUGGUCGUGAACGGACACGGCAUGACGCCAUUGAAGGUGGCUGCAGAGAGCUGCAAAGCCGAGGUGGUGGAGCUGCUGCUGGUCCACGUGGACUGUGACCGCCGCAGCCGCCUCGAGGCCCUGGAGCUGCUGGGGGCAUCCUAUGCCAACGACAGGGAGAACUAUGACAUCCAAAAGACGUACCAGUACCUGCACAUGGCCAUGUCGGAGCGCCAUUCGGAUCCCAACAACAUCAUUGCCAAGGAGCUGCUGCCGCCUAACGAGGCCUACGGGUGGCGCACGGAAUGCCAAACGCUCCCGCAGCUUGAGGCUAUCCGAGUAGAUAGAGACGCUUUGCACAUGGAGGGGCUGAUGAUCCGGGAGCGCGUCCUGGGCUCGGACAACAUCGACGUGUCUCACCCCAUCAUCUAUCGCGGCGCUGUGUACGCCGACAACAUGGAGUUCGAGCAGUGCAUCAAGCUAUGGCUUCACGCACUCCGCCUCCGGCAGAAAGGGAACCGGAAUACCCACAAGGACCUGCUGCGCUUCGCUCAGGUCUUCUCCCAGAUGGUCCACCUGAAGGAGCACGUGUGGGCCUCCGCGGUGGAGCAGGUGCUGAGCUGCAGCGUCCUGGAGAUACAGCGCAGCAUGGCUCGAGUAGAUGCGGGGCCUGAAUCGGAGCUCCCACAGGCUAUGGACAACUACGAGUCCAACAUUUUUACUUUCCUCUACCUGGCCUGCAUCUCCACCAAGACCACCUGCAGCGACGAGGAACGUGCCAGAAUCAACAAGCACGUUUACAACCUGAUCCAGAUGGACCCGCGGGGGCGCGACGGCUCCUCGCUGCUCCACCUGGCCAUCAGCUCCACCACACCGGUUGACGACUUCCACACAAACGACGUGUGCAGCUUCCCCAACGCCCAGGUCACCAAGCUGCUGCUGGACUGUGGCGCGCAGGUCAACGCCGUCGAUAACGAGGGCAACACGCCACUGCACGUCAUUGUUCAGUACAACAGGCCCAUCAGUGACUUCCUCACGCUGCACGCCAUCAUCAUCAGCCUGGUGGAGGCAGGAGCGCACACAGACAUGACCAACAAGCAGAAGAAGACGCCGCUGGACAAGAGCACUACGGGCGUGUCGGAGAUCCUACUGAAGACGCAGAUGAAGAUGAGCCUUAAGUGUUUGGCAGCUCGCGCCGUCCGUCAGCACCAGAUCACGUACCGGAAUCAGAUCCCCAAGACUCUGGAGGAGUUUGUCGAGUUCCACUGAGACUUUUGCUCAGCGACCUGGACUGAGCAGAACCGGUGCUUUAGGCCUUUUAAGGAAUCUCUUUGAGUUUUCUAAUCAGUCCAAUUUUGGAGCAUUUUUAUACUGAUCUUUUUAAUUUUCUGUAUUUUAAAUUUUAUUUGCAAAGUAACCAGAGUCUGGAUGUGAAACAUCUCCGUGCCGCGUACGCCACCUACCUUUGAUUGUGCCGACUGUGAUGGUGGGACUGCCCCCUAACCCUCGUCACACAGUUCUACUCUUCACAGGUCGGAUUAUUCCUCUCAGAGAGAAGCAGAUUUUAGGGUUUUGAUGGAGUUCUUAAUUUGGACAGGUUAUAAUAUUUAAUUAUUAAAAUUAAUUUGGUUUCCGUGUGUUUGAAAAUUACACCAGAUGGGCCUAACUAUGCAGACACCACCUCCGUGUCCUCCCAUGUGUGUCCCAGGAUGCUCCUGAGUCACAAACCAGCUGAAGUAAAGAAACGUGUCUUUUAAA